AUGGAAUCACCUCUCACUGCAUCAUCUCCUCUCACAAGCCCCUCCCCAUCCUAUGCAAUCAGUGGAAUACCCGAUAUCGAAUUUCUCCAGGGAUUAGAAAUGAAGAGUUUUUGGGAUAUUGAACAUGAGUUGAACGUGUUUGCCAAGAGUCAAGGAUACAAGUAUAUGUUGGACCGAGGUGGUAUUCCCAAAAAUGGUAAAAGAAACUUCAGAAUGUUCUGUUCUCAUUAUCACCAUGAUGAAUUUGGAUAUGGCGGUACAAAUAAACCGCCAGAGCUAGAAUCAUCACCUGGAUACGGAUGUCGACAUUACAUCUCAUUUACAUAUUGCACCAGAAAUCCAGGUCGCGAAGAGAAAAGAGAUAGAGCUUCGGGGCCUUUCAAAUUGGAUGAGAGGUGUAAAUUGAUCAAUCAUAAUCAUCCUCCGUCUGAACAUUUCAUGAACCUUCCUGUUCAAAGUCCAGAAGAAAGAAAGUCAAGAUACGUUGCUAGGAUAAACAAUCGAUUAAAGAAGAAGGGAUUUACUUCUUUCACUCAUCAACGUCCCGCAGUUAGUACGUCUACAUCACUUUCCGUCGAUCACGACGGGACUGACGAGAACGAAGAAGAGGAUGACCAAGAGGAUGAAGACAAAGAUAAGGAGGAAGACCACAACCUCGAAGAUGAUGGAGAAAUUUAUGUGAAUGAUCAUUGGGGAAGUCAAAAAAACUCAAUGAACAUAAUCCUGGUCAAUUCUACAACGGAUAAUUCCAACAAUCCGAGUUCCAGAUUCCACGAAUACCUGCCAGAUGGUAAUUCCAGUCCGCUGGAAGAUGGACAGCAAGCAACAGAAAACAAUCAAGAGCAGGAUUCUUCUUGGCAAUUAAGUUUCGCAAAAUUGCAAUCACAUUUCGAAAGGUUCAAAAAAACGAUCCAAGAUCGUGACGAGGAAAUCAUAGAAUUGAGACUGAAGUUAAAAUCUCUCGAGGAUCGAUUAGAAGAGGAGGAUAUGGCAGUGAUCAAAGAUGAACGUGAUACGUACAAGAGGAAGUAUGAAGAGUUGAAAAGAAUUACGAAAGAACAACAGAGAUUGAUGGAGGAUGAUCGAAAGAGAAGGCAGGAGUUUGAAAGAUCAGAGAAGAAUAGUUCAGACAAGAAGAGGAAAGUGAAUGAAAGAUGGUUGGCGUUGUUGGGAGAUUAA